AUGGCGAUGAUGACUGGCCGUGUGCUGCUGGUGUGUGCCCUCUGCGUGCUGUGGUGCGGUGCCGGCGGUAGGUGUGAGAAGGUGGUGGUGGGAUCUGCUGCCGGCGGUGGUGGAGAUGUGAGUGGUGGUAAAGGUGCGGUGAAGAAUACUGAUACUUCAACGUCAGGACCAGACACAUCAGAUUCAUCAAUAGAUGUAUCCAAGGUUAAUCAAGCAACAGAAAAGUCUGAAGUAAAGUCUUUGGAAGGGAACGGAGAUAAUGUUGAUCAACAGGAUGUUGUUGUUUCCAGAGUGGAGGGUGAAAAAAAAAAGAACUCUUCAGAGCAAUUAGAAGAACCAAUGAAAGAUGAUUUAGGAAAAGAAAAAACAAACCCAGAAAUAAAAAAUAAAGAACAGGAAGGAGGGCAACCGCCACAAGCGCAAUUAAAUGUACAACAGCAACCGCAGCCACAAACGCAACAGUCACAAACGCAACUGCAGCAGCAGCCACACGCUCCUGCCUCAGAAGAGGGUAAAGGUGUUGGCGAGAACAAUACGGGUGGAGCAGGUCAGCCCCCAUUGGGAGUAGAAGAUAAAGGAAACGAGGAUUCAAAGGCCCUCGGGAAAGGAGACUCGUUAAAGAGUCCAGGUAAAGAAUCAGAAAACAGUGAACGGGUCCAAACGACAGCGCCAAACACAGUAACGCCGGAGCACGAAACCCAAAAUGAAAUGUUAACUCCGGAACAAAAGACGAAUGAAAGCCAAAGCACGGAUACAUCCACGAACCUACCCGAACUACAAAAGGAAAAUAAGGAAUACCCUGCCUCUACGGAAGGUACGGCGCGGAGUACAUCAACUGGCAGUCAAGAACAAGAAGCUGAGCCAUCUACAAGCGAAGAACCUUCCCCUUUUGAGGAGGAACAAUCCACAGUGACGAAGACAACUGAGGAUGCUCGAACUCCGGAUGCUGCGGCGACAGAAAAACGCCAAACUGUAAAUAAUGAAAAGGUUGGCGACAGUGACAGCAGCACCGCGGUCUCCCACACCACCUCCCCUCUUUUGCCUCUUCUCCUUGUUGUUGCGUGUGCGGCUGCUGCUGCGGUGGUGGCCGCGUGA